AUGGGUGUACACUAUCGUGACUUCAUCGACUUGGUUUGGUACCUCAUCUUCAGGCAACAUGUGGGCCAAGACGUACUUGAACUCAUUAUAACUAUUGCAUGGUGCAUGUGGUACAACCGGAACAGAGCACAGCAUGGCUCCCCACGGCAGUCAUCAAAUGAAAUCCUACACAAAGCUCGCACUGUAAUGGAGGAUUUCCAGGUGACCCACUUCGCAUGUCCUCAUUCCACGGAUCCAUCAGACACUCGCUGGGUUCCUCCUUCAAAUCCGCGGUUCAAGGUGAACACCGAUGCAGCCAUCUUCAAGAAUCUCGGCACUGUGGGCAUCGGUACUGCGAUUCGAGACCAAGCAGGAACGGUCAUCGCAGCUCUUAGUCAGCAUCUGCACUUGCCGUUGGGUCCCUUGGAGGCUGAAUCAAAGGCGAUGGACGUGGCGGUUUCGUUUGCAUGGGAUGUUGGCGUACAAGAAGUUGUCGUUGAAACUGAUUCCCACGUGAUUUUCACUGCUCUGUCGGGCUCCACCAUUCCACCAGCUACAGUGAUUGAUGUCCUUGAGAGCAUCCAGCAAAAGUUGCAUGAGUUUAGACGCGUCAAAGUCCAACAUGUGAGGCGGCAAGGAAACAAAUCCGCACAUGCCUUGGCACAACAUGCAAAGGGUAUCCAUGGUUUUGUAACUUGGUUGGAGGAAAGUCCACCAAUAAUUGAAUCUUUAAUACUCUAA